AUGGGCGCUUCACAAGAUGGCCCUAGAAAUCUUGUGAAGAUGCCUUCACAAGAUUUCCGAGUCACAAAACUAUUAUCGACGGCUGAGAUGAAGUGGAUAGUGGUUUCGGGCAAGUUAGUUGGCCAUUUUGGCGUAGUUACCCUUAGAACCAGACUUGACCGGACACAUUUUCUCUUACAGUUGGAGAACAUCGGCUCAUCCUUGGCCUACCUGGCUGGGGUCGGAGUGGCCCUUGACGGACUCACGGCCAAGGACAUCAAAGACGGCAAUCUCAAGGCCAUCCUCUCGCUCUUCUUUGCUCUCUCCAGAUACAAGCAACAGCAGAAGCAAGCUCAGCAAGAGAGAAAAGAACUUGAGAAGCUGAGAGAGAAGAAGCAAGAGAGUGAGAUGGUGACCACCGCCGCCUCCAAGUGAGUACCCUUCUAAGAUUGUGUUAUCAGAAAUGUAUUCAAACGGUGAAGUAUCCCUUUACAUGGCAAUGUGUGAUACAUUUAAUAGUUCAUUCUUCCAUGUUCGUAUUGAAUCGAUGGGUGUUGUUAGGGCGUACUGGAAUAUAAAUAGUUAUCCCUGUAUGAUUAACCGUUUUCUGUAAGAAGUUACGGGUUCGUUUUCUUUCAUUCGCUCGUGUCGUUGCAGGGGGAAACUCUGUAAAUACUGGAGUGCACAUUUUAGAUUCAUUUAGCAUGCUGUAUUUGCGGUGGCAAAGAAUACACAAAACUCAAUUACAUUAUAUUAUUGAUUAUAGGGAGAACACAAUCCUUUCAACAGUGUUCCUAAUUACUGUGGCGGGUUUCUGAUCACCUAGCCAUGUUCAGGAUUAGUGGUGCGUUCUUUGAUCAGCGUGGGUGUCCCUGAUCACUGUUACGUGUUACUUGAUUACUGUUGCCUGUCCCUUGAUCAUUCUGGCGCGUCCCUGAUCACUCAGGCGUCUCUCUGAUCACUGAGUGACCAUAAGAUUUCCAUAACCCAUCUUCAGUGGGGAGGAUAUGCAAAUGUAAUUCAAUUUCGCGUCUACUUCACUAGAGAAAGAGGCUAAAACUCUAUCCAGACCCUUCUGCCUCCCCAUCCCUUUCCCCCUGAACACCCAGACAUCCCCUUCACCCGUCCUGCGUGCUCCCCACACUCACCCACAGCCACCUUAACACCCACACUACCUCCCCACUUACACAGACGACGCCCACACCCUCCCCCCUACACAGACGACGCCCACACCCUCCCCACUUACACAAACGACGCCCACAC